CGCCCGAGAAAACCAAAUAAAUAAUAACAAAAAAAACCCAUGGACCAAAAAUCGUCGUCGCCUUCGUGUAGUACUUGUACUCGUUCUCGUCAUCGUCUUCGUCUUCCAUGGCCUCAGGAGAACUAGGGUUAGGGUUUCUUCAAUGGAAACUUCCAAUCUAGGGUUAGGGUUUCUCCUCCUCUUUACUCUCUGUUAGGACCGAACUUACCAUGUUUUCUCAGCAAUGCAUUUCACGCUCUUCCGCCGAGAUUCUCGAUCCAAGCGGCGCUUGACGCGUCAGCGCAAGCUCCGGCACCUUACCGAUCUGGACAUCGUCGGUUUGUCCUCACCCAUCAUUCAAUCUCAGCCGUCCGUUUCGUCAGGCUCCAAGUCGGCCCCGUCGUGGCCCCGGACCCCCCGGGACUUCCAUUCGCUGCCGGUGCCGUCUCCGGAGCUUUUUGCGGUUCUCCGGAGGCGAGAGGCGGGGCUGUCGUUGUCGACGAAAUCAGGGUGCUGCCCUUUGCCAUCUCCGAAGGAGGCGGCGAGCGGAGGAGAGAGGGAGGAUGUCGAUGGUGUCGAUUUCUCGAACGGAGAUGGUGCGGUCGGGAGGUUGGCCCACCAAACCAUCUACAAGUGUGUGGAGCAUGUUGAUGUAGCGUCAGCUGGUUCUAUUUUAGGUCGUGGUAAGAGGAUUCUUACAGAUACAAAUUCUGGUGAAAAUAUUCAGCACAAUUUCAGGCUGAGCUUUCCUGCUAAGAGUACUCCAUGUAGUGGUUUCUCAAGUCCGACACUGAGUCCUCGAAGAUCAAGUGUUGGAGAUUGUUUUCCAUCUGCCCAGAUAGUUCCACAGGGGCUUCAGUUUAGGUGUGCCCCAGAGCUCCCGGCUGUGGAUAUUAGCUACUCUGCUCAAACUUCACCAGAUAAAUUUGUGGCGAGUGCUGAACAUUCUCCACUUCAUAGCCCAGCAGCGAGAAGUCCUGGCCCAAAAUCUAGUACUCCAACUGGAGCUGCUUCCCAAUUGCACUCAAAGACAUCGUCAGAUGGCUCUACCUCAUGGCCUGAUGUUAAUCGUACUAUUAUCGUGCACCCACUGCCCCUUCCUCCAAGGGCUGCUGUGACUCGUACAUCGUUAGGUUUUUUUUCUCAACCCGCAGUGAGAUCAGAGGUCUCAUCGAUGUCAAGUCAGUGGCAGAAAGGGAAGCUUAUUGGAAGUGGAACGUUUGGAAAGGUUUAUGUUGCCACCAACAGGGAAACUGGAGCCUCAUGUGCAAUGAAAGAAGUUAGUCUAAUUCCUGAUGAUGCUAAAUGUGCUGAAAGCAUAAAGCAGUUAGAGCAGGAAAUAAAAGUUCUUAGCCAAUUAAAACAUCAAAAUAUUGUGCAAUACUAUGGAAGUGAAAUUGUUGACGACCACUUCUACAUAUAUUUAGAGUAUGUUCAUCCUGGUUCAAUUAGUAAAUAUAUCCGUGAUAAUUGUGGUGCUAUGACAGAGUCCGUUGUUCGCAAUUUCACACGUCAUAUUCUUUCUGGAUUGGCUUACUUGCACAGCACAAAGACAAUUCACAGGGAUAUCAAAGGGGGAAAUUUACUUGUCGAUGCGGCUGGUGUUGUUAAGCUUGCGGACUUUGGGACAGCAAAACAUCUGAGUGGACAAGCUGCUGAACUUUCGCUUAAGGGAAGUCCAUAUUGGAUGGCUCCGGAGGUCAUGCAAGCUGUGAUGCAGAAGGAUUCUGAUUAUGAUCUUGCUGUUGACAUUUGGAGUUUGGGCUGCACUAUCAUUGAGAUGUUUACCGGAAAACCUCCUUGGAUUGAACUUGAAUGGGCAGCAGCAAUGUUUAAAGUGUUAAGGAAUGAAACCCCUCCCAUACCUGAAACAUUGUCUGCCGAGGGUAAGGACUUCCUACAGCUUUGCUUUCAAAGGAAUCCAGCAGACAGGCCAUCGGCAAGCAUGCUGCUUGAACAUCCUUUUGUAAAUAACUCCCACCAUCUGGAAAUCCCUAGUUGUAUACAGGCAAUCUCACGAAUGAAACUGAUGGAUGUAGAAAGCCCUAGCGAUCGGACUAGCUCGAUGCAAAUCUCUCCAGGCACACAAGCCAGCAAAGGACAACCGUCACCAAAUGGUGAGACUGGCCAAUCUCAUACUGAAGCCUCCAAACCUGCAGCAGCCUCACGCCAUUCUCCUCGGUCUACCCUUGAGGCCCUCCCAAAUCUUUCUCCUCCUCACUCAAAUGGCCAGAUGCAUCUUCCCAGUCCUCCAAAUGUCCUGAAUGGAAAGCAUUUGGGUGCCCGUGACAAUCAUCGUUACCCAAUACCUAGCUCUGUCAGACAAGUGCCACAUCUUUUCAGACGCAGCUUGAUUGGAUUUCCACAGAAAAAUCAAUGCAUGUUACCAUUUCAAACUUAAAAGGAGACUUAAACCAUCAGUUACACAUAGGAUCCUUACUCCAGUUACAGGAAGGCUAAGUUAGAGAUUGCAACUCUUUCUCCGGGGCUUGUGUGGAUUAAGUCCUAGUUCAUAUCCUACGACGAUAUGCAAGGAGGCUUUGUGAGAAAUAUUCAUCUCAAUUCCAUGCUCUUUCUUUUUUCUCUGGAAGCAGUUUGUUAAUACUAUUUAUUAGUUUAGAGCUUAGAAAGAACUCUGUAUGAUUACCAGGUUGUUGUUUACUGUUUGUUAGUUUUGAGCUUCAGAAAGUAGUGCACGAUCAAUGAAAGCUCAGCGCAGGAUUAUUGUGAACUGUACUGUAUCUUCAUCAUGUAUGUAGGGAUGCAAACUGACCCAAAAUUAAGUGGGUUUUUUGGGUCCUGUCUAAUGAUAUUCUUGUGAAAAACUAAUGAAAAUGAAUUAUUGCAAUAAUAUUGUGAGAUUUUCAUAA